UUCAAUUUCAGUCGAACGUUUGCAUUUUUCGGCAGCAGUAACAAUUAAAACAAACGGCCGAUUGGCAGUGGGUUAACGCGCAGGAUGGCAGCAAUCAAAAGGAGUUCUCAGCCGCGGCUGCAGCUAUAUAUAUUUCUGUGCCUGCUGGCAUCGGUGUUGGCUUCAUUACCGGAAGCACUUACAGGAGCAGCAGGAGGUGCACCAAGGAUGGAUGUACUAGGACUAUCGCCAGGACAGAGGGUCCUGGCUGGAGUGCCUGCAUCAGGUCGUACCCGUUUUUUGCUGUACCAAUUAGCUUCGGCCAUAAAUUCAGCCGUCGGCCUGGAACCGCCGACGCUGCAGGAAGUGGAGGUGGUCGAUGUAGUCGAGGACCAGGAGCAGUUCCUGCUGGAGGGCCCGGAUCCCAACUGGCUGGCCGCAAUGGCCAAUGAGUUUCAGAAUGUGCCGGUGUAUGAGACUUUUCCGGCGGACUUGCAGAGCUGGCUGAUGGAUGGCUACGGCAUCAGUGCCACGGAUGUCUACCGCAGUUGGAAUCGAGCGUUAUUUGGAGGAAGGGCAGCCACCCGCACCCAAUUGAUCUGCACUGCCGACGGGCAGUGCUACGAGGUCAACAAAAUCGUCACUGCCUGCUGCCCAUUUUGA